AAAAAAAAAAGUUGGCUGGAGUGAGAAGUUAAAUCACGGAAAAGAUAUGUGUUGCUGGUUAAUCUUGCCCAAGACUGAAGAGGAGGACCUGUGAGAGAGAAGGAGAACAGCUUCUAGUGAAAUCGUUUCUUGCCUUUUGUUUUUCUGUCCUAACGAUAUGGAGGCAGCCAUUAAAACUGUAGUGACCACAUUUAUUAGUUCUUCCAGGGGGAAGGAGAACCUAGACGGGAAAUCCUUCCAGAAACUGGUAAAUAAACAGCUUGGUGGCAUCAUGGAGGAUACAAACAGCUCCUCUGCCAUUAAGGAGAUGCAGCGGGGACUGGAUGAGAACAACGAUGGAAAGGUCAGCUUCCAGGAAUACCUCACUCUGAUCGGCUACGUAGCCAACUCCCUCAGUCAGACCAAGAGCGGAUCCAACACAGAUGCAUCAUAGACGCUUAUGAAGCUGCAGUGUUUGGUGCCUCAACAAAUUAUUAUCUUUUCUCAUUUCCAAAUGUUCCAAACAUCAUGUAUACAUCCCAACAGCCCAUAAUCAUUUUCAUAGUUAAUCAACCAGUUCUAUGAUGCCCUGAACUACAGCAUCGUGUCUGUCCAGAUCAACCUUUUUUCUGUCACACCAUAUUGAUCUCCAAUGUCAAUGACACAUUGAAGGACUCUGAGCUGAGAGUGUCUUUUUUUUAAUACCAAUUAGACAAAGGAUACCUACUGUAUUUUAAAAAUAAAAGCUUUAUAUAAUAAA